AAUUGCCCUGAAUUUGUAAAAAUACAGCAGCACUGCUAUCACAGCGUAAAUCGAUUUUUCUGUCAUUUGACAGCUGAGCAUUUCAGAGAACGUAUAAAAUUCUACGUUCUCUGCGCUAUGCUACUGUCAAAUCAAUAGCAGCAUUUGCGGACAGAAAAUAUUCUUUUGCGGCCGGUGUUUGUAUGAAAAUCUAUUUUAAUUUAAUUAAUACAGUAUAAACACAGACGGCAUUAUGUUUGGUACUUUGCAAAAUUAUUUGAGCGGUAUACAGCGUAGUUGGUCUGCGGCCGAUGGCGACUCCUUGGCAUCUUUUAUAUCACUUAAAGACAAACAUAUAAUGAAUCGUAAUCUCUAUGUGGAAAGUCCGGAGAAUAUAGUGGAGCGUAUACUGGAUCCGCCCAUUGAUGAAAUUGUCAGUGCACAUCUGAAAGUGUUAUAUUAUUUGGGCAUGGAAAAGCGUGACUUUAUGCAAGCUUACCGUCAACAAUCACAAUGCAUACAAUCUGUGGUGAAAAUGUUGCAACAACUAAAAGACGAAAAUUGGUGUCUGCCCAUUAUGUACACGACCUGCUUGGAUUUACGUAUACUAGCACAAAAAUGUGAAGAGCUUGGAAGUAGCAGCAAACCGGGGGAGAUACUUGAAAAGGCUGCCGAUUGCUUAAUGAGUUGUUUCCGUGUAUGCGCAGCAGAUAACAGAUCUUCCGAUGAUGACACCAAACGACUUGGCAUGCUCAACCUUGUUAAUCAACUCUUUAAAGUCUACUUCCGCAUCAACAAAUUGCAUUUGUGCAAACCACUGAUACGUGCCAUUGACAGCAGCACCUUCAAAGAUUCUUUUCCAUUACCAGAACAAAUUACCUAUAAAUAUUUUGUAGGCCGCAAAGCAAUGUUCGAUUCGGACUACAAAAGUGCCGAUGAAUUUCUUUCCUUUGCACUACGCAAUUGUCCACGUAAUUUCCCACGCAACAAGCGUCUGAUACUGAUCUACUUAGUGCCGGUAAAGAUGCUACUUGGAUAUUUGCCAAAAAAACAGAACCUCGAACGAUUUGACCUACUACAAUUUCAUGAACUUGCCGUCGCUUUGAAAGAGGGCAAUGUACGUAAAUUCGAUGAAGUUAUACAACGACAUGAGAUAUUCUUUAUCAAAUGUGGCAUUUAUUUGUUGGUUGAAAAAUUGAAGUUCAUUGUCUAUCGUAAUCUCUUCAAGCGUGUGUAUAACAUCAAACAAACACAUCAAUUGGAUUUGUCGGCAUUUCAAGCGGCACUGCAAUUUGUUGGUGAAACCGAUAUGAGUAUUGAUGAAACACAUUGUAUAGUGGCGAAUUUGAUAUUUGAAGGAAAAAUCAAAGGUUACAUCUCCUAUAGUCACAAUAAAUUGGUCGUGUCAAAACAGAAUCCUUUCCCACCACUCAAUACAGUCUCCUAGGAGCGGGCUAUGCGUGGCAGUGAGCUACAUGGACCGGGGUCGUUAAGUUAUUUAUAAAAUACUUUUAUACCUACUUUUAACUAUGGUACGCUAAUUUAAUAAAAAAAAUAAAUGUAUGUAUAUAUUUUGAUGUAAAUUACUACUAUAUAAUGCAUAUGUGCGCAAUUGAAGUUAGCAUUUAUGAGAACUAAUAAUUAUGACUUGUUUAAGUGUAAAGAAGAACGUGAAAAUGUACAAAUAAACAAGAUGUCUUGUUUCUUCAAGAACAAAAUUUUAUUAAAACAUGACAACUUCAUAAAUUGCAUACCAAUAAAGGAAAAAAAA